AAUUCAUCGAGUGAUGUUGGCAAGCUUGAUCGAAAAACGAAAACGUUGCCUGCAGUGGAUUUAUUGGUUAGGACAACAACGAGUUUUAACGAGUAAAAGUAUUCUAAUUAAGAAGUCUACAGAUAAAAUUUAAACUGAAAGAGAUGGUUUAUCCUUAUGAUAUAAAGUGCACUGAACUCACAACUAACUAAUAAUACAAGGAAAAUGGUGGGUUUUUUCAAGUGAUAAAUUUUUCUUCAACAAUGAGUAGCGUUUUCAACAUGAAUGUCGUCGCCUAUAGUAUUCGUAACAGGCAAUGUGAAGAAGCUGGAGGAGUUUAUUGCUAUUUUAGGAAAGGACUUUCCUCGACAGAUAAUGAGCAGGAAGAUUGAUCUGCCUGAGUAUCAGGGCGAGGUAGAUGAUAUAUGUCGAGAUAAGUGUCGGGCCGCAGCGAACUUGGUGAAAGGUCCGGUGAUCAUUGAAGAUACUUGUCUCUGCUUUAACGCGCUGAAAGGUCUUCCGGGACCUUAUAUCAAAUGGUUCCUCGAAAAACUGGGCCCCGAAGGUCUUCAUAAAAUGCUCUUUGGUUUUGAAGAUAAAUCGGCAGAGGCGGUUUGCACGUUCGGUUACUGUUCCGGCGAAAAUUCUGAAGUUCAUCUAUUCCAAGGUCGAACUCAGGGUACUAUCGUAAACCCACGAGGUCCAAGGGAUUUCGGUUGGGAUCCUUGUUUCCAACCGCUGGGUUACGAUAAGACUUACGCGGAAUUGCCAAAGGAAGAGAAGAACAAGAUUUCUCAUCGCAGCAAAGCGCUGGAAAAACUAAAAGAUUAUUUAACAAACAAUAUACAGAUUUAAUUUAUUACAAUAAUAUGCAGUAAUAUGUAAUAAAAUUAUUAUCUCUUCCAUGAGCUUUGUCUUCUUCAAGUCUUUCUUCUCUAAGGAUAUAUUUUACCCCUUCGCACUUAUAAUAAUUUUAAAAGAAGAAACUUUUUUUUUACAAUUUUACACUAAUUAACUAUAGAAGCACUUUUAAAAUAUUCAUAUUAUUCUUAUAAAAUCUAUUCAUACCAAGUAGUAAAGAUAAUUGACAUGUAAAUUCGUUUUUAAAAUCUUCUUAAAGCUGGAGAGUGGCGAGGUUUGCGUUGUUUUGUCUUCACUUUGUAAUUUACGCUCUGACCUAUAAUGUUAACGAUAUCCGUUUAAUUUAUCAAAGGUGAUUCCUCGCCAAAAACAACACACGCAUUUCAAUGAUAGUCGGAUUGCACCGGAAACAUAUGGAACCAUUUGUUAGCAAUCUUGAAAUUACCGUGAUACCUCACGACUGAGAAUCUGAUAAUUUUAAUUUCGAUGGGUCAUGCGAUACAUUACUGAACGACUUCUAUCUUGUAAAUCUUAUGUGACGCAACAAAUUAAAAAAUGAAAACAUAUAUAUUUUAAUCAUCCA